UGACUCUGAAGUGUGUAAUCUUGUAUUUCUCUGCUUACUUAGUAAGUAUAGAGGUAACUUUGGAAGCACUGACUCUACUCCCCUGUGCUGCUUUUGCUCUGUUGCUUCUAUCCUCUCAGCACGAUUUCACACCGUGGAGCUGCCCUGACUUUUCAUCAUGAGGAGUCUGUACGCAUCUCUAGUUCUGCUUCAGCUCAUUGGGAUUUGUUUGUGCCAGUUCCCCCGCCCUUGUGCCAACUCAGAGGGGCUGCGGACCAAAGAGUGCUGCCCAGUGUGGGACGGAGAUGGCUCAGCCUGCGGCGCCCUGUCAGGUCGAGGCUUCUGCACUGAGGUGGAGGUCUCGGACGAGCCCCAUGGGCCCCAGUACCCACACAGCGGGAUUGAUGACAGAGAGCGCUGGCCUUUGGCUUUCUUCAACCGGACGUGUCGCUGUGCUGGAAACUAUGGAGGCUUUAACUGUGGAGAGUGCAGGUUUGGUUACUGGGGUUCAAACUGUGCUGAGUACAGGGAAUCGGUGCGCAGGAACAUCCUGACCAUGUCGACUGCUGAGCAACAGAAGUUCAUCUCUUAUCUCAACCUGGCCAAGAACACCAUCAGCCAGGACUAUGUCAUCUCCACAGCAACGAGAGCAGAGAUGGGGGAAAACGGGGAGAACCCCAUGUUCUCUGACAUCAACACCUACGAUCUGUUUGUCUGGAUGCACUACUACGUGUCGCGAGACGCCUUCUUGGGAGGGCCCGGGAACGUGUGGAGGGACAUCGACUUUGCCCAUGAAUCCGCGGCAUUUCUGCCAUGGCACCGAGUCUACCUGCUUCACUGGGAGAACGAGAUAAGGAAGCUGACGGGAGAUUUCAACUUCACCAUCCCAUACUGGGACUGGAGGGACGCCCAGUCCUGUGAGGUGUGCACCGAUGCUCUGAUGGGAGGACGCAGCUUCAACAACCCCAACCUCAUCAGCCCUGCCUCAGUCUUUUCCUCAUGGAAGGUGAUCUGCACCCAGCCAGAAGAGUACAACAGCCGAGAGGCAUUGUGUAACUCGACCGGGGAGGGUCCGCUGUUGCGUAAUCCCGGCAACCAUGAUCAGAACCGCGUGAGGCGACUCCCUACAUCAGCUGACGUGGACUUCGUUGUGGGCCUCCCCGAGUACGAGACUGGACCCAUGGACCGAUUCUCAAACAUGAGCUUCAGGAACGCCAUAGAGGGUUUUGCCGAUCCAGAGACUGGUCUUGCAGUGCAAGGUCAGAGCACCAUGCACAACGCCCUGCACGUCUUCAUGAACGGCUCCAUGUCCUCAGUGCAGGGCUCAGCCAAUGACCCCAUAUUCCUCCUGCACCAUGCUUUCAUUGACAGCAUCUUUGAGCGCUGGCUCAGGACUCAUCAGCCUCUCCGGAACAGCUACCCACGUGCCAAUGCCCCCAUCGGCCACAAUGAUGGUUACUACAUGGUGCCCUUCAUGCCCCUCUAUAGAAACGGAGACUACUUCCUGUCCAACAAGGUGUUAGGAUUUGAGUAUGCCUACCUGCUGGAUCCUGGCCAGAGAUUUGUUCAGGAGUUCCUGACGCCCUACCUCCAGCAGGCCCAGGAUAUCUGGCAGUGGCUCCUGGGAGCGGGGCUCCUCGGGGCGGUGAUCGCCGCGAUCAUUGCUACACUGCUCGUUGUCGCCAGAAGGAAGUGGAGGCGCAACCAGAGGAGGAAGAGGGUGCCGAGCUAUGGAGAGAGGCAGCCACUCCUGCACAGCAGCUCAGAGGAAGGCUCGUCAUCAUAUCAGACAACACUGUAACACACACAGAUACUGUACGUACUGCUGUGUCUGAAUGUACAAAAUGUUAGGGACACUUCCUGGUACAUCACUUCAUUUGUCACUGAUGUCCCAUCAUAAAUCUUAAGCGUUAGAAAGAAAACAUCUGCUGCCAUCAUGGUAGGAGGCAGCUGUGCGUCACUACAAGUCUAUUUUAUUGCACCCCAGCGCUGUGGAGGUGAAGUGAAUUUCAUUGACAGCACUGAAAAACGACACUUCCAAGAUUUCUGGGCAUCAAAAAAGCAAAAGCCCCUUCUCUUCUGGUUAUUUAAUAUUGAGGCGCACAGACGCUUCAAGGUCUGAGAAAUUUUAUAAGAGGAGAUUAUGAACAAAGAGCAGGGAGCCAACAUCAGAGAGACGUCCUUAAUGUUUCAUACAUUCAGUUCAUACCACACACAAACUGUAAGGCUUUCAGAGUUAUCUCGUGUGUCGGGUUUCGUGGCAUCUAGCGGUGAGGUUGCAGUUUGAAAUGCGCCAUUACCAACUGAACAUCACACCUCUCACAUCACGAAGAGCGUACAAGGGCCCUCUGUAGGCCCAGAGAACAUGGCUGUGCAUCAUGGUGGACUCUGUGGAAGAGGACGACUUUUAGUCUGUGAUGAAAACAUAUAUAAUAUGAAAUGUCCGUGCCUUAAUCCCCCUGAACCCAACACACUGGAUCUUUAAGUGAUCGUUAUCGCAAUGUAACAAAUUGUCCAAAUAAAAAUGUAAAGAUUUUGACAGUACACUGAGUAUUUUCUCCUGGGUGUUUAACCUGUGACUUGUGAUCUCAUUUUUGAGUACAUUUACUGUCUAUUCACAUGAGCGACUUUGUCAACAGAUCAGCAGUAAAUAUGAUGUGUAUAUUGCUUCCUUGGCAACUUUGUCUUGACUGACCUUAAGCACAGAUGCAUAUAUGAUAUACUGCAUUACUCCAUUGUAAGGCACUCUGACUCUAACUGAGAAGCACUGUAUGUAAUUACCGUGAGUUUACUGGAGUUAUGCAGUUUUAUAAUAUUCAGCUGACUUGCAUACAACUCAAAAAGUCAAGCCAGGUCUGCUGCUGUUAUCUGUGUAGACUGCUCAGGGUGUAACAGUCACAUUAUUUGCCCCCUCACACUCAGUAAAUCAGUUAUCUGAACAAAAUUAAAGUCUUUCCUCCCACAUAACCUCAUGUCGUCAUUAGUAAAAAUGUCUUAUUUCAGAUUCUCUAACUGGCAACAGAAAAGCUUUUCUGUGCCGUGUGUGCAUGUGUCUGUGUGUGUGUGUUUAGAAUGCAAAACUCUCUAACCAAACCUUUGACAAAUUUUGUGUGUUUGUGUUUGCACUGGUGCUAUAAUGACUUUUUGCGUGCAGAGAAAGUAUAGAUGGUAUCAUGGUAACAAAGCUAAAUCAUGACUUUGUACAUGCUGCA